AUGCAGCGUCAAGCCUCGACCAGCGGCGCACCGCAGCCGCGCACCUCUCGCCCCGUCUACCCCAUCCCCGAACUCGCCCCGGUCGUCCCUGGCCCCGCAGGCUGGCACGACUACCACUCCUUCCAGGGCUCCGACGCCGUCCUCUGCAUCGACAACGGCGCCACCACCUUGCGCGCCGGCUGGGGCACCGAGCAACACCCGCGCAUCGUCGUCGACAACAUCGCCGCCAAGUACAAGGACCGCAAGUUCAACCGCCAGGUCAUGCUCGCAGGCGGCGAGGUCUACGUCGACGCCACCAGCAGGGCCAACACGCGCGUCCCGUACGAGAACGACGUCGUCGUUAACUUUGACGCCAUGGAGAGCAUCCUCGACUACUCGCUCGUCAAGCUCGGCGUCGACACCGAGACGCUCCACAACCCGAUCGCCAUGACCGAGACGCUGUGCAACCCGGCCUACUCGCGCUCGAUCAUGACUGAGCUCCUGUUCGAGGGCUACUCGGCGCCCGCCGUCGCGUACGGCCUCGACUCGCUCUGGUCCCUGUACGCCAACUCGCCCGACCCGACCGUCGCAGACGGCCUCGUCAUCUCGUCCGGCACGGCCAACACGCACGUCAUCCCUGUCCUCGGCGGCAAGGCCAUCAUGACGAGCGCGAAAAAGCUCGCGUGGGGUGGAUCGCAGGCGGCCGAGUACCUCCUGAAGCUCAUGCAGCUCAAGUACCCGACCUUUCCAGGGCGCCUCACGUCGUACCAGUCGAGCCUCAUCUACCGCACGCACUCGUACCACGCGACGCCCUCGUACGCGUCGACGCUCUCGACGUUGACGACGCCGCGCGCGCUCGUCGACCUCGACCGCAUCGUCCAGUUCCCGUACGUCGCCGUCCAGGCGCACGAGCAGACCGAGGAGGAGGCAAGGGCCCAGAUGGAGAAGCGCGCAGAGGCGACGAGGAGGCUCAAGGAGACGGCGGCGAGGCAAAGGUCGGAAAAGCUCGAGCGGCAACAAGAAGAGCUCGUCGCGUUCACGGCGCUGCAGGAGGCGCGACCGACGACGAGCAAGGUCGACUACGAGCGCCGCCUCAAGGACGCCGGCUUCAGCAGCAGCGCCGACCUCGACGACUACCUCAAGAAGCUCAACAAGAGCCUGACGAGGGCCAGGAACCGCGAGCUCGGCAUCGAGGAGGAGAACAAGGAGGCGCCCUCGUUCCCGCUCAUCGACGUGCCCGACCACCAGCUCAACGAGGAGGACCUCAAGGAGAAGCGGCGGCAGAAGCUCAUGAAGGCCGGGUACGACGCCCGGAUCCGGCUCAAGGCCGAGAAGGAGGAGGAGCGGCGCAGGGCCGAGGAGGAGCAGAGGGCCGACGACGAGCUGAGGAUGAGCAACUUUGAGGGGUGGCUGAACAAGCUGAGGACCGAGCACCGGGACAUCCUCGACAAGAUCAAGGAGCGCAAGAAGCGCAAGGAGCAGCUGUCGGACCGCAAGUCGCUCGCGGCGCAGAACCGUAUGAAGAGCAUCGCCGGGCUCGCCGCCGACGAGAAGCUCGGCAAGAAGCGCAAGCGUGGAGGAGAAGACGACGGCUUCGGCGCCAACGACGCCGACUGGGCCGUAUACCGCGAGAUCGGCACGGGCGACGACUCGGAGGACGAGGAGGACGAGCAAGACGCGCUCAACUCGGUCGAGGCCCGCCUGCUGCAGCACGACCCGCACUUUACCGAGGACGACACGGCGUCGCGCCAGGCGCUGCGCAAGCACCAGCUCCUCAACGCCUUCAUCCGCGGCUUGGCGCCCGACGACCCGCUCGACACGUACGACCCGGAGAGCGUCGAGCACAACUCGCAGUUGCACGUCAACCUCGAGCGUGUGCGCGUGCCCGAGGUCCUGUGGCAGCCGCACAUGGGCGGGCUCGACCAGGCCGGCCUCGGCGAGAUUGUCGAGCACGUCCUGCGCCCGUUCUCGGUCGCCGAGCGCGACCGCCUCACGAGCAACCUUUUCCUCACCGGCGGCAACACGCACAUCCCCAACUUUGCGUCGCGCCUGACGGCCUCGCUGCGGCCCGUCCUCCCCGUCGGCGCGCCCUUGCACGUGCGCGGUCCGGCCGACACGCUCGACGCGUGGCGCGGCAUGGCGAGGUGGACGACGAGCGGCGGCGAGCAGGCGAGGAGGAAGGCGUUCGUGACGCGGGCCGAGUACGACGAGCACGGCAGCGAGUGGUUCAAGGAGCACGGGUGGGGCAACCUGAGGCUGUAGAGCGGGCGGGCGAGGCGGAGCUCUCGAGGCUGCGGCGGUCCGUGCAGUGCGACGGCUGCCUGUUGUUG